UCAUUCUGGGAGCAGUUACGGGACCGUUAUGGACGUCACUAGGGAUUUACCUCACAUCCUGUGCUUUUUCCUUCAGUGAACGUACCGGUGUGGAGCUACAAACCUCUCUCAGCAGAAUUAACGGGAUUUUCUUCGGAAUGUUUGAACUUAGUAAUAUCGUGGGUAACCUACUAUCGUCCCUUGUACUGUAUCAAGGCCAGUAUAACAGCACCAACUUGAACACUACUUCCUUUUGUGGAGCUCAUGAUUGUCCUGAAGCAGAAACAGUGGACAUCAUCGCUGAUCCCGAACCCACUGUGGUUUACAUGCUUCUGGGUGUGUUUCUAGGAUGUGUCGUCACGGGGCUAGGGGUUGUGAUUAUUUUCCUUUCACCAGUACACAAUCAGUCCUCAACCAACAAGAACACAAUCAAACAGUCACUGUGGUCCUGGUUCAGACUCAUCAUCAAGACUGAUAUCAAGUUUCUGCUUCCAUUUAUGUUAUAUUUAGCUAUAGAGCAGGUUGUGGCAUUUACUGAACUAACCAAAUCAUACGUGAGCUGUCCUUUCGGAAUACAAAACGUCGGCUACGUGAUGACAGUAUACGGAGUUAGUUCUGCAACAAGCAGUUUCGUAUUCAGCAAAUUAGCUAGAUUUGCAAGACGAUAUGUUCUACUGGGCCUUGCUGGGGUUCUUCAGAUGGCGUUGAUGUUGUGGAUGUAUCACUUGGUUCCGUCUUACCAUGACAUUCACCUCGUCUAUGUCAUAUCUACAGUAUGGGGAGUUGCGGAAGGAAUAUGGAAAACCCAGACGAACUCCCUUAUAGGGGAAAUAUUUCAUGACAAUAAGCAGUCAGCAUUUGCAGUAUAUGAAGGUGUCAAAUAUACAGCAUUCACUUGUACGCUUGUGUACAGUAGUAUGUUGUGUGUCUAUAUUAAACUUAUAGUUGCAUUGGUUAUCCUGGUACUGGGGAUGGCACUUUAUGCUAUGGUUGAAGUCAGAUAUCUAAGGAAAUGCCACAAAAGGAGGUCUGAAAGCGAACAGAAAGAAGCUGCUAAAAUCGAAACUAUUGAUACUUGAAGUUAAAAACAUGAUUACUGUAACUUCUGUGGGAGUAUCGCUUCAAUAACCCAAUACGUUACAUUAUUUGCCAUGGCUUAUGCCUCGCACAGCAGUACGAGCAAGCUGUCUCGUGCAUCAAGUUGUUCUUUUUCGAAUUUUAUGGUACAGGUAUUCCAGAAUGACGGAAUUAACGACAUGUACAUUGUUCAUGCAAGGUUGUUAGAGUCGGUGUGGUGAUAUUAUUUCACAUUUGGAUAAUAAUUCAGUCUCCUUAAACGUAGACUUCAUUGACACAUUCCAUGGUCAUUCCAUGGUCAACUUCUCUGGUCUAAAAGUGCAUUCAUUUGCAAAAUCCCCGGAGGUAUCGUAUUAGGUUUCAUAGCACUUACCACUCAUACACGUUGCAUAAAAUAGACAUAAUCACGAAUCUGUAUAUUUACACUGCCCAGAUUUGCGUAACUUUUGAGUGACAGAAACCAAUGAUCGUGGGCUCCAUUCGCAGAUUCGCCCUGAUUAUGUUUAUCUGAACAGGUUAACGUCUAAGACCUAGGUUGCUUACUAUUCAAAGUUGUGUUAAGCAAACCACAACACUAGUGCCUCUUAUACUGUAAUAUGCGUUUUCAUGUAAUUGAUUAUAUCUCACACCUAAAUAAAGCUCUCUCGGUACAAGGAAUAGUACAUUUCCAUGACAUUGUGUGCCCUCAUGUUUGCAACAUGGUUUGAAAUUGUUGGAUUCUAUACGACAUCACCAUAAGACCUUCAGAUUAAUCUUUUGGUUUACUGUUUACACCUAACAUAUCCACCACUCACUCACCACAAUUACUCACGGUUGCAUCAUUUUGCAAUAUCAUGUCUAAAUGUUUAUGAGUCUGUACUUCAUUAAUUAUUGUAUCCUUCAUUUCGGUGAAAAUACGAAUAAAGCUCAUGAGAUGUCAAAUGUUUCACUUAUAUCUAAAACACCUCACUUAUGCUUCAACUAACAAACAUGCACAGAAGUGAUUGUGUAACAUAAAUGUUCAUCUAAUUGUGUAAUGGAACAAAAAGUGUGAACAGUGUGAACGUUAUUUAUUAAACUUGAAAGUAUCCCGUUUUGAUUGAUAUUGAUGGCAAUGUAGCCUACUUAAGAACAGAAUAAGCACUUUGUGUGAUUUACAGGAUAUCGGCAACGAUAAUCCUCUUUCAAUGUACUACCAGAUACAUUAAUUUAAAGGUUAUUGAAUCUGUCCGUAAUGAUUUAACCCAAACAAAUCGCUGCAGUAGCUUAUAAGGAUUAAAUGUUUAAUACUUAAUCGAUAACGUUCUGUCAAAUUUAUGUUUUACUACCUUAGGAGAGCUAAAUAAUACUAUUUAACACAUGUAUAUACUUGUUUACAGUUAUUCUGAUAAUGAUAUCACCGAUAUGUGUAUUGGAGAGGUCAUCAAAUAUGUAUUUUGCCUGUUAACCAAUCCAGGUUAUCUGUCAUAGAAAUACAAAAUCGUUUGAACUUUAAACUACGAUGUUCAGUAUAACACUCACAAUAAACAUGUUUAGCUCAUACCUGCUUUGAUUGACAGUCCCUGGUGUGGCGAUGUUUGUUUGACGUGCCCCCUCUGCUUGUAAGAACAGGAUUA